AUGCCGUCCAAGGCAGCCCUCUCCUCUGUUCUGCUCGUAGCUCUCGGUGCAGCAGUUGUCAGUAAGCCUACAGCAUGGCGUCGGUCGAUUUCCACCAGCCCAGACGACCUCCACAACAAAGCUUUUGAUUUUAUCAUCGUUGGAGGAGGCGCUGCUGGCCUGGCUUUGGCGGCUCGUCUCUCUGAAGACUCGAGUCGUACUGUCGCCGUCAUCGAAGCUGGUGACGAUGGGCAGGCCGUAAUGGAACGAAUUCUCGUUCCAGCAUUGACAUACCUCCAAGGUGUCGCUGUCCCAGGAGCCUCACACGAUUGGGGAUACUGGACAAACUCGCUCGGUCGAUGGUUACAUCAGCCCAGGGCAAAGAUCCUGGGGGGCUCGACCGCCGUCAAUGCGCUCUACAUGGUGCGCGCAUCCAGCGUGGAGCACGACUCGUGGGCAUCGCUUCUGCCCAAUGCGGACCAAGACUGGUCCUGGAAUGGGUUUUACCCGUAUAUGCUCAAGACGGAAAACUUUACCGCCCCGGCUGACGCGUCCCUCACGGGUACCACGGUCAAUGAGACCGCUCACGGACGUAGCGGUCCAGUGCACGUCUCGUACCCGCAAUAUACGUAUCCAUCAGCCGCUCUCUGGACACCAACAAUGGCUAAUCUCGGACUUAAGACGUCGGAUCCUCAGGGAGGUGAGGGGUGGGGCGGCUACAUUACUCCAACGACCAUCAAUCCGGACGACGGCACUCGGUCAUACGCGAAAACGGCGUAUCUGGACCCCACCAAGGACCGUUCCAAUCUGAUUGUGCUCCUCAACUCUCAGGCCACAAAGAUUACCUUUGACACCUCGGGUAGCGUGCCGCGUGCGUCAGGGGUCGAUUUCGCGCAGCAAUCUGGUGGACGAACGUACCAUGUCGAGGCAAAAUCCGAGGUUAUUAUCUCUGCCGGUGUGUUCGGAACACCGCAGCUGCUCCAACUCUCUGGAAUCGGCCCAAAAGCCCUUUUAGACAGUUUUUCGAUCAACACCAUCGCCGAUCUGCCUGGUGUUGGCCAUCACUUCCAAGAUCACGUCUUGGUGCCGCUCUCAUGGUCCCUGGUCAACAGGACAGUUUCUGGUGACCUCCUUGUCCAGAAUGCGACGUUUGCUGCCGAGCAACUGGCCUUGUUCCAUCAGGGACAGCUGUCCCAGUCGCUCAUGUCCGCACCGAACAACGGCAUUGGCUAUGUCAGCCUCAAGCGGCUAUUCGACAACGACACCUACACGGCGCAGUUUGUCCAAGAGCUCAGAGCUAACAUGACCUCCGUCGUGAACAACCAGGGCUAUACGGAUGACACGCUCAAGGCUGGAUACGAACUGACGUAUUCGAGCGAAGUUGACACGCUCGCAAAUACAGAAGUUGGAGCGAUCGAACUCUUGUUGAGCUCGUUUGGAUCGUGGAAUCAGGUGAACACCACUAUCAAUAUGCAAGCGGCCCUACAACACCCCUUCUCCCGUGGUAGUGUCAUGAUCAACAGCACGGAUCCAUUUGUCAAUCCGGUUAUCACCGCAAACUAUCUGAACACAGAUUCCGAUUGGGAAAUCCUCCGAGCUGGUGUAAAGUACCUCCGAAAAGUUGCUUCAACGCAACCCUUGGCAAGUUUGAUCCAAGAAGAACUCGCACCUGGCCCAGCGGUCCAGACCGACAAGCAGAUUGACGACUGGAUGUACCUCAAUGCCGGGACCCAAUAUCACCCUGCAUCGACAUCCUCUAUGCUUCCGCUGGACAAGGGUGGCGUCGUCGACCCAUCGCUCAAAGUAUAUAAAACUCAAGGACUUCGUAUCGUUGACGGUUCAGUCAUCCCUAUCGGCCUCUGCGCACACUUGAUGGGUCCGACAUAUGCGAUUGCCGAAAAGGCCGCCGACAUUAUCAAAGCGAAUCCAACGCCCAAUAGGACACCAAAUAUCUCAGGAGCAGCCUCUGUGCGCCCAUCUGUGCCCAUGCUGUCUUCGCUACUUGCCCUCGUGGCGUCCGUGAUCGUCUUCAGCCUAUAA